AUGAUUAGCAGUACACUGAUAGAGGUGUUUGGCCACACCGUUAUCAGCUUUACUCGAGGCGUGACAGAACAGUUUGAUUCGGAAGAACCUGAAUUCACGGCAGAGUCUUUGGGAUACGAUCCUCUAGAAAGCACAGGUCCGCAGGAGUGGAAUUAUCGCCCUUUUGAUGAGUUUAUUUUUCAGGUAGUGAAUAGUGAUAGUGAGAGGGGCAACACAGCUGGGUGCUUUUAUCCGCCAUCGAGAACUCUUGCUGUAAGAGUUAUGAACGCGUGUUCACUGGAGGAAAACGAAGAUCAGCGAGAUGAGGAUGAGGACAUGGCUUGGAAGCGACUCAGACCAUCCGUUCUCCGCAUGUUUUGUAAAUCAAUGUACACCGGAGCUUUAAUUUCAUUUCUAAGUGCGACUACCAUAGGCUCACUUUUCGUAUUGUUCACUAAUCUCUCGUACAAAACUGUACUCAACUGUCAGUUCCGGUCCAUGGAAUCAAUACCAAUACAAUUACAAUGGAUGAGAUGCAUUGCUAAAAUCGCAUCUCGCGCCAUUCUUUAUAUAUAGUUCUCUGUCGGUUUAUUAUUCCUAAUUCGCCCCUAUCAGUUAAUGGGGUUAAAAAGAAAACUCUUUCUGGCCACGUUUGUUGUGUAUUGCUUGGAUGCUCUUUGUCAUGUUGGUCUGCAAGCCUUAAAAUAUCCAAGUCCGAGGUAUUUGGGUUACCACAAUUGCCGUCUAUUCUUUUGUUUCUCUUGCAUAUAUGCUGGCAAGUAUAUCUUGUAACCACCCAUUUCUCGGCCGGCCAUUCGAGGAGACAAAGAGCCACCUUAUUCAUACAAUUGAUUCUUCCCAGCUGUUUGUGUUAUAUCCUCGGUUUCAUCACGGUUUUUUUCCAUCUACCCUGCAUACAACAAACAAAACAAGGAAGGUAAAUUAUUAACCGCUAUCUUCGCUCCACUUGUUGGGGCUGUGCUCAAAAUUAUUUGCAGGAUUUCCGUUCAGCGACUGAGGAAUGUUACCCAUCCCGGACAAUCAUACAUUUUAAUUGCGCCGGUGUAUUUCGGCUCAGCGAUUUUGUCACGAGUUUUACAAGCGGAUCUACACGGUUUACGAUCCAUGGUGACUCUUGGAAUAAUUCACGGAGUUUCGGAAGUCUUAGAACGGAGCAUAAUGGUCGUUAUCGAUCACUACUGCCACGUUAUUUUGAGAAGGACAUCAGCUCCUUGGGGAAGUUUUCGCACUCCUCGCUGUGAGACUUAUGGCUGAUAUUGCCAUCAUAAGCAUGUUAUAUGAAUCAAUUGGUGUCAUGUCUGUUUACGACACAAUGUACUUAUAUCAGUCUGUGUACCUACCAAGUAAACCCUUUCUAAAGUUGCUUCAAUCACAGGCGGCCCAAGCUCACGUCUCGAGAAAGCCAACGAUGAAUUCAUGAACGCGUCACGCGUUGUGUGUUUUAAGCUUGCUUUACCAUCACUGUUGACAGGGAUAACAGUGGUGGUAAAGCAAGCUUAAAACGGUAGAAAUCGCCAGAAACUACGACGGAUACACGGGGCAUGAGUAAGUUUUUAUUGAUUUUACAUGCAAAAUAUUCAUAUUUCGAAAUAUUUAUCGUUGUAAAUCGACCAUAUUUCGUUCCCCAUACUAUUCCUUAUAACGUGUUCAAAUUUUCAACGGUUCCUCCCGUAACUUAAUACCGAGUCACACAACGCGUGACGCGUUCAUGAAUUCAUCGUUGGCUUUCUCGAGACGUGAGCUUGGGCCGCCUGUGCUUCAAUCGUUUGCUUUCCAAACGUCAAUUAUAAUGAAGAUUGAGUGGCUUUUCACCAGCGUAUCUCUUGUAAUCGAGACUCGCUAUCAGAACAUGGCCGUCGUGGCUGUUUGGCGGAAAAGAUGGAAACGAUAUCUUCUUGUGGCACAGGCGGCCCAAGCUCCAGCUGUGAGACGAUCAUCUUACGCAAUAACGGUCAUAGCGGAAUUAUAAGAGUUUGUAUAGGAAUAUUUACGAGCGCUCUAAGGAAUAAAAAAAUGCGUCAAAUUCUAAAAAAAAUACCUCACCUCGUAUUGCUUGUUAUCUGACCGCUUACUUUGAUGAAAAGAGCCCAUUUGAGCGAGUUGUUAAUUUCGAGGUUUUCAACGUACAUAAGAAAAGGCUUUUCUUAUGUACGUUGAAAACCUCGAAAUUAACAACUCGCUCAAAUGGGCUCUUUUCAUCAAAGUAAGCGGUCAGAUAACAAGCAAUACGAUGUGGAAGCGAGGUGAGGUAUUUUUUUUGAGAAUUUGACGUAUUUUUUUAUUCCUUAGAGCGCUCGCAAAUAUUCCUAUACAAACUCUUAUAAUUCCGCCAUGACCGUUAUUGCGUAAGAUGAUCAUCUCACAGCUGGAGCUUGGGCCGCCUGUGCUUGUGGCAGUUUUUAAUGCAGUGCCCUUAGCAUUAUGGUCAAGUGCAUACCUGGUAGAAAUUAUGCACAAGCGCCCCAGACACGAAGGCCACCCCUGUAAAAUGCCGUUUACUUAAGAGUAAGGACUGAGUUUUCAGAGAUCUUUACCAAGUCUGGUUGACUUUAUGUUUAACAAAUAAAGAAACCUUGACUGUGCUCUGUUCUGUUGUGAAGCACGCAGGAAGCGGCUAGCGCAAGAGAGAAGUGUAGGGGGAAACACGAGACAUUUGGAAUACAUUUGAAAGGUGGUACAAUUUGGAACAUGUUCUACCUUAGUGUGAGCGCUUUUAUGUUAGGGAUAUCGCGUGGCCUAAAUUGCCGAAAUUAAUUCAUUAGAGUCUCUCUGUAAUUUUAAUGGAAUAGCGACAGUAAGUGUGCUUAUAAAUACAAUGUUAGAUCACGCAAAUGAAACUGUAGGUCUUCAUCAGACGCCUUUGACAUAAUAAAGAUGUUUUUGUCCUUUUUUUUUUAUCUCUGCAGCAAUAAAAUUACAGAAGGGUUCCUUUCAGAUAUCACCUAAUGAAGUAUAUGACAGUUGGCUGUGAUGAUGGAAAUUUUCUCGGAUGUGGUUGGUGUCUUACUUAUUGCGAUUGUUUGCGCAGGUCAAGCUUAAAACAUGCAAAAAAAAUCAUCCCUAUUUUCAUGGUAAUACACACAAUGUUCACAAUGUGCACAGGUGUUUCGAUAUCACACGGUACUAAAUCGCGCUGCGUCCUAUCAGUCAAUAAAGGGAUCGAUAUUAAAGGCCAUCCUAGAUACCCUGCGUCAAUAACUACACCGUCGAGCAUGAAUGGCAGCGCAGUGAUAGAGGUGUUUGGUCACAUAUUUGUCAGUUUUACGCAAAGCGUGUCUGAGCGUUUCAACCCUGAAGAACCUGAAUUCACGGCAGAGUCUUCGGGCUACGAGCCUUUACAAAGCACAGGUCUGGAGUGGAAUUAUCUCCCAGUUGAUGAGCUUAUUUAUCAGGAAUACAGCGACAGAGAAGUCAGAACCUUAAAUUAUCAGACUGAUGUUACUUGCAAGGUAAGGGUUAUAGAUGCCUGCUCACUGGACGAAAACGAAGAAAUACAAAAUGAAAGGCAAGAAGAAGAUGGAGCAAUGGCAUGGAAGCGACUUAGACUAUCUGCUCUCCGCACAGUUGGUAAAUCAAUGUACAUUAGAGCUUUCAUUUCCUUGAUAGCAUCUUCUGUCAUAGGCUCACUCUACAUGCUCUUAGUUUAUCUCAUUUACAGAACUGAACUUAACUGUCUUUUCAACUCCAAAAAUACGAUUCCAGUAAAAGUACAAUGGAUUACUUCAAUAUCUGGUAUCAUAUCUUGCUUCUCUCUCUACAUGUGGUUCUUUGUUAGCAUGUUUUUUCUUUUACGGCCGUAUCAAUUGAAGGGGCUAAAAGGAAGACUCUUUCUGGUUUCGUUCCUCUUUUAUUUGUUGGAUGCAUUGUAUCGUGUGACCUUACAAGUCUUGGACAGAGCUUCACUGAAUAAGCCAUUUUCGUUACAGAGCGUCCCACUUCGCGUUUUGUUUAUUUCCAGUAUAUUUUGUCAGGUGUAUCUUGUGAGCGCACAUUUCUCUGAAAGACGAACAGGUAGACAACGAGCCACUUUCUUCCUACAACUUAUUCUCCCUACCUGUUUCAGCAUGAUUAUUUCAACUAUUUCAUUUCAAAUUAUUUACCCAGCCUAUGAAGGCCAAACCAAGCAUAAUAAACUACUUAUCGCAAUCUUCUCUCCUCUUAUUGGAGUUUUACUGAAAGUGAUUUGCAGGAUUUCGAUCCAACGGUUGUGGAACAUUACCUUUCCUGGAUUUUCGUAUGUUUUGCUAGCACCAGUGUAUUUCGGCUGUGCAAUCGUGUUCCGAGUUUUACAAGCGGAAUUGAACAGUUUACAAUCCAUGUCAGUUCUAGGAAUAAUUCAUGGUGUUGCAGAAGUCUUGGAACGAAGCGUUAUGGUUGUCAUCGAUCAUUUUGGUCACCUGAUUUGGAAAAGAAGAUCAGCUCCUUUGGGAAGUUUUCGCACUCCUCGCCGUGAGCGACUUAUGGCUGAUACCGCUAUCAUGUGCAUGUUGUAUGAAUCAACUGCUAUAGUGUCUUUAAAUAGCGUUUUUUACUUGCAUCAAUUUAUUUACGUAUCGGAACAACCCUUUGCAAAGUUGUUUCAGUCGUUUUCCGUCCAAACGUCAAUUUUACUAGUGAUUGAGUGGGUUUUCACCUGCGUAUCUCUGGCGAUCGAGACUUACUAUCAGAAUAUUGCUGUCAUGGCUGUUUGGAGAAAAAGAUGGAAGAGACAUACACUUGUGGCAAUUGUCAAUGCAGUUUUUGCAUCAAUAUGGUCGAGUGGAUACUUCACAGUAGUUAUGCAUGGUCGCCUCAUAGAUAAUACUCAACCUUGGAAGAUGCCCUUUGCUUAA